AGUUGCCUGCCGAGAAGCUCAGUCUGGGUGUGCAGAGAGCAUCCAGCAUAUUGCUCUUCCAUCGGUACAAACAACAGGAGGUAUCCAACCCAUGUGCAAAGAUGAACUGCGCUUUCCUUUGCCUCCUGAACCCCAUUGGGGCCAGAUGUGUGUGUCCUGAGGGGAAAAUUCUGCUGAACAGGACCUGCACGGACACCAACAUCUCAGGAGAGCUGUGUCACCCGGCCUGUGAGAAUGGAGGUCGGUGUAUCACCAAUGAACGAGGGGAAUCACGCUGCUUCUGCUGGCCAAAUUACUCUGGGGAACGAUGUGAGAUCAGCCAGUGUAAGGACUACUGCCUCAACGGAGGCACUUGCACAGGAUCUCCACUAGGAAAGCCCACGUGUCGCUGCGCUCUGGGUUUCACUGGUCCUCUGUGUGAGAAGCGUGUUUGUGACAGUUACUGUCUGAACGGAGGCACAUGUGACAUGACCCUGGGGAACCAACCUGUGUGCCACUGUCUGGCAGAGUACACCGGGGAACGCUGUCUAAACCAUAUUUGUCACCAUUAUUGCGUGAACUCCAAAGGCUGCACACUGUCUGGCUCUGGACAAGUGGAGUGUGUGUGUCCCACCCGCUACGAGGGGCCGAAAUGUGAGAUGGACCGGUGUCUUCGCUGCCGAGGGGCCCCAUGUAUCAUAGAUGAAGAGACUGGAGACGUCGCCUGCAACUGUACGAAUGGCAGAAUCGCAGCCAGCUGUCAGUUGUGUGACGGAAACUGUUAUAACGGUGGGACCUGCCACCUCGACUCCGAGACGGGCCUGCCGUUCUGUCAGUGCUCUGCAAACUGGUCAGGAACACAGUGCGAAAGACCCACAACCAAGACCAACCGCUCCGAAAACUUCAGUGGGAGAAGUAUUGCCAUAAUAGUGCCUCUAGUUCUUCUUGUAUGCAUUAUUGCCGCUGUUGCAGUGGGACUCCUUAUUUGCAAAAGAUGUCGAAGAGGUAAGCAGGUUCAACGGCAGCCCAUGGCAAAUGGUGGCUUGAACGUGGAGAUCGGGAAUCCAUCCUAUAACAUGUACGAAGUGGACCACGACAAUCACGUAGAUGUGGGAAGCUUUCUUCACCCCAGCUUCACCCUUGAUCCUCAUAAGGGCUGGUGUGUGAAGUCAAGCGACUCGCGCAAUUUACCCCCUGUGCGCCCAAUGACUGCACACACUUUACCCAUCCAGAACGUUCCAAAGGAACUCAUUCCAGGACAGGCCAUGAACUAUUCAAACCCCAUCUAUUCAAAGAUGACUUACCAUGACAGACAGCACUGUCGAAAACCAGUCAUCAACCUCGACAUGAGACGCAAUUUACUCCCAAAGAGACUGGAAACUACAAUUCGAGAAACGGCAGCAUAACAUAACUUAUCCACGACCUGCUUUUUUUUUUUUUUUUUUUUUUUUUAAAGAUCUGAAUAAAAUUAUAAAAUAAAAAAAACAUUUUUAUGUCCAGUUAGGUUAAAUCGUCUCUUUUUGCAUCCCACAUAUAUGUGCCGGUUUUGGUUUUAGUUUAUUUUUGUUGCAACCAAAAAAUUUUUUUUAUAAAUUACAAACACAGUGUUUUUCUUUGCUUUGCGACUUUGUUAAUGCACUACACUAAUAUGAAAAAAUGAAACAGACAAAGCUGCUCAAUCUUAAAAGGCUUUAUAUACAUUUAAAGAUAAUUUUAUAUAGUUGUUUAUUUACCUACACACUAUGUAUAUGUUUUCCUGUUGGUAAAAUGAUCGCCAAUGCCUAGAUAUUCCCAAGUUGCCUCUUACAUUUAGCAGUAUUAGAAAAAAAGAGACACUUAUUUAAUUAAUUGAUCAUAUGCUCAUCACAGAUUUUAUUUUUGAUAUCUCUCAUUAAUGUUUAUUGCAUAUGUUUAAGUUGACCAGUGUUUCCAGGUGUUUCAAUUAUGCAGCCAAAACCGAAAGUAAAACCAAUCCACAAUGGUUUUUGCAACUGUACAACUUGAAAACAUGUUAUUUAAUUUUCAUAUCGCAAAUGUCCUUAAGCACUUAAAAGGACUGAGAAUGGAUUUUGUCACAUAGACUCACUUUCAUUCACUGGUUGUGAAAUAACAUGCGCGGGACUCUUGUAAUGUCCUGUUUGAAGAAAAAAACACAUUCUCUGUGCAAAUGUACACAAGAAGAAGUUUUAUAAUUUUAUAGUUGAUUUGUACGUCCAGUUUGCUUGUAUUUUCUGGAAAUAUAUUAAAUGUAGAACUUUUAUAAAAAACUAUGUACACAAUAUAUUGGUCCUUCUUCACCUUGGGUUGAAGUGUUUUAUAAUUAUAAGAUAAACUAGCUUGAUAUUGCACUGUGCAAUCGUACAGGUUGCUGUUGUAUAGGGGGAAAUGAAGGACAUUUAUUGGUUUAAUACAUAUAGCUACACCUAAUGUGAUUUUGGACCAGGAACUAUGAAAUAAAGUGGGUUUUCUUGCCAUUUUCAA